AAUAUCAUAAUAAAUAGUUAAUUCAAUAUUUAGGUAAAUUAUACCCAUGGUCGAACGAGUCGACUUACAUAAAGGAACCACCAUUUUUUGCCGGAAUGACCCGAGAACUGCCCCGCAUCCAGGCUUUGGUCGGAGCGAAAGUGUUGCUUUUCCUGGGAGAUUCCGUCACUACCGACCAUAUCAGUCCGGCCGGGUCAAUUGGCAGAACCAGCCCGGCUGCCAGGUUCUUGGCUUUGAGAGGCUUAACGCCUCGCGAGUUCAACUCGUAUGGGUCCCGAAGAGGCAACGACGCGAUAAUGGCCCGAGGCACUUUUGCGAAUAUUCGUUUGGUCAACAAGUUCAUGAGCAAGCCUGGACCGAAGACUAUUUAUCUGCCCACCAACGAAGAGAUGGACGUGUUCGAUUGCGCCCAGCGCUACAUCAAUCAGCAAACCCCACUGAUCAUUAUUGCUGGCAAAGAUUAUGGGUCGGGGUCCAGCAGGGACUGGGCGGCCAAAGGACCGUUUCUUCUG